GUAACAAGGACUAUUUGUAGUGGUGAGAGCUUAACUUUGGCUAUAUGCGGUACUAUGUCAGUUUAGUCCGCACAGUUAUUUACUUAAGCCCCAUUCCGCAACCAAUUAGAGUAGCGCAGCUCCUCUUCAGUGUGAGAGUGUACCUGACGAGUAACGAGAGCUCUCUUUGGGUCUCUUUUCUAUCACGGCACUCUGUCGGUAGAGGAUGUCUGCACAGGUCCCCUGAGGACCAAGGGGUGCUGUGCUGUAACCAGACCUUGCACCUUGGGGUGGAGGCUGGGCACCAGUGGUCCUCAGGUGGCCACUUGUAUCUGCCAUGAUCCAGGCAAACACUGCUGUGGAGAGGAGUCAUACAACCCUCAGAAUGAAAUCUGCUGCAACGGACUGAAGUGAGUUGCUCUGUACGGUGGAAACUGCAAAGACUCAGCAGGUGGAGGGUUAUGCAUGGUAUGCUGCGGAGGGAAGGCCUACGACCCCAGCAGUGGUCAGAUGAAGUCCGUUGCCAGGACUCUGUACGACCUGCAGGUUCAGGACAGGCUCUCAGAGGAUGCCCAGUGCUGUGGGAAUGUCCUGAUGGAGGCCGGCUCCACCUGCUGCUCCGCCCCAGGACUAGACCUGCUCUACUCUACCCAGCCAGGGUUCACCUGCUGUGGGCACCGCUACCCCAACUCCUCCCUGUGGUGUUGCUGUGCGGGGGUCCUGCACCCAAGGCUUGAACAACACACCACCAGCAUGAACAUGACUCCAGGACCUAGGAUUCUACCACUGGGGAGCCUGAAGACGGAAGUCCUGUGUGACACCAGAGGAAGAAAGCCGUUACAGAUGUUACUACAACGUAUCCAAUUGACCACCAGAGACAUUCUUCAAAGGACUCGGUUGGGCAACACGGCCUUCCAUCUACCACCAACCUACCGAAGUGCAGCUCAGACUCGGCAACAAGAGAUCCAGCAGGAAAGUCCCGUCCAGAACAACCAAUGAUAUUGCAUCAAUACCGUCAUCUCUACUCCCUUCAACGGAUCUCCCAUGAACCAUCAAUGACCUGUUCAUGAAUAACUUUCACACAGUGUGUGUGUGUGCGUGCGUAUGGAUCCCCGGUUUACUGACUUCUGGUGCAUUACCUCCCUAUGACUUGCACUUCCUGCAGAGAUGGUCAAAGGAAGCAAGGUGAUGAAUUCUUUAAACUAGUUUAGCCAAUAAAAUGAAAACAUUACUUCAAACCACUUUUGGAUACCUUGUUAACAUUACAACAUGAAAUUCAUGUCUUAAACUUUGCAAUGUUUUGAAAAUGGCAAAGAAAUUAUAUGAGUUCUGUUAUACUCACAGACAUUUUUUUUAACCUUUAUUUUACUAGGCAAGUCAGUUAAGAACAAAUUCUUAUUUUCAAUGACGGCCUAGGAACAGUGGGUUAACUGCGUGUUCAGGGGCAGAACGACAGAUUUGUACCUUGUCAGCUCGGGGAUUCGAACUUGCAACCUUUCGGUUACUAGUCCAACGCUCUAACCACUAGGCUACCCUACAUCAUUCAAACAGUUUCAGAAACGUCAGAGUGUUUUCUAUCAAAUACUACUAAUAAUAUGAGACUGAGGAGCAGGCUGUUUACUCUGGGCACCUUUCAUCCAAGCUACUCAAUAGUGCCCCUGCAGCCAUACUAAAUACAGAUCACAAAGUCAGCCAAUUUCCACUCCAUUCAUACGCAAAUCCCUUUGAUCCAUACACUGGCUUGUCUGUCGGUCAUGUUUCAACCUGCCCUUCCCUUAUCUACACUGAAAUAAUAUAAUUUCAGUAGUCCUCUACGAUACAUUUGUUUUAAAUCUCGCAAUAGCGGUGGUUGAAUAUAUGUAUCUGUGGUAGGUCCUAGAAAACAACAAUGAAUAAUAUGGAACAAAUAAAUACCAUCAAAGGAUACCUUUCAGCUUACAAUAAUGAACACCUUGUCAAACAGCUGUGAAAACCAACCUGGCAAUAUUUAUGAUUUUAAUACAAAAACAUUGAUCUUUUUUUGGUACAGUAUUUUCACAGAUGUUUUUGUACACUCACAUGACAAUCACAGACUAAAAUACUGAAUUCUUGUUUGUGGAAUAUAGAAGAGGUGGUUGCUGUGUGGGUGGGAGGUUCUGCCUGUCACUUGUUCUCAACAGGCAUCCAGUCUCGGAAUGUGGACUUGAAGAGGGAGACAAAGUCCAGGACCUGCUGCUCUCUUUGUUCUGAAUGUUUGCAGUGCUAGUGUUUUUAAUUCAUCUGUGUAUCUCACAUAUGUGCCCGGGUAUGAUAGAGCAAUAACUUUUUGAGAAAAUAAUGACAUGACAACAGUAGCUGUAGAGGAUGUAAUGAAAAGUUGGAGGGUGGUUGGUAAUUGAGGACAUCAGGUGGAUCCACAUCUGGGUGUUGGGCAGAACCCCUAGCUCCUGGAGAACAGGAUCAAAGUUAAAGGGAACAGGGUAGGAGACAGAGACGUAAACAAAGGUUACACUUUACUGUGAGAAAAGUGUAUGGAUCAGUGCAAUGUUUUAAAUUGGAGAUAUGUACUUUUCAACCGUUUUGGAAGGUAUAGCCUACCUCAAGCUGGUCUCCCUCCGUCUCAGAGCACAGAGAAUCAGACUGAUACGAACUCACUGGUUCUGGUGGACGGGAUACCUCCUGGGGGGCUCGGACAGUCGAUGGUCCUAAAGUCAUUUGGAGAGGUAAAUUGAAGAGGUACAUUUUUAUAAGCUCAGCAUAUCUACCAUUUCUUGCUUUCUCAAAUGUUAACCAAAGCUUAACAUACUUUGUCUUUUGGGCUUCACCGAAGUGUAGGGCGCCAGGGCUUUCAGUGGUCGACAGUCCAACGGCUCCAACUGGAGAAGAUUGUUGGCUUCCACCGAGGUAACCCUAGGAAGACAAAGAGAACAAUAUCAGUGUUAGGGAGACUAAAACUAGCUUCAGGUUAUUUUGUGUGCAAAUGCAAACCGUUAUUAUCUGAGAUUUUUAAUAUUCACUUUAAUAACCUCUUAAAGCUAGGGGGCAGAAUUUUCACUUUUGGAUAAAUAGCGUGCCCAAUUUCAACUUCCUGCUCCUCAUGCCAAGAAUAUAAGAUAUGCAUAUUCUUCAUAGAUUUGGAUAGAAGACACUUAUGGAACUUAUGGAGCAGGCAAAACCCAGAGGACUAACUGUUCAGAUUAUUUUUUCCCCCUAUCUCUGUUCACUAUGUUGUCUUUGCCAUUGGAUAUUUAAUAGGAACCAAUUGUCAGUUCCUACCGCUUCCACACGAUGUCGCCAGUCUUUGGAAUAUGGUUGAGGUUAUUCCUUUGUGCUUUGAAGAAGUAGGCCAACUCGGAACUGGGGAAACUUUUGUGAGUUGCGCAAGACGUGAAGAGCAGAGCUGGUUUCUUUUCAUUCAUGUAUUGAAUACAGAUUGCCCCGUCUACAAUUUGAUCGAUUAUUAACGUUUAAAAAUACCUAACGUUGUAUUACAAAAGUAGUUUGAAAUAUUUUGGCAAAGUUUAUAGGCAACUUCUGAAAUAUUUUGUAGUGACGUUGUGUUUUUGUAAGCUGUUUUUUCUGGAUCAAACACACUUUAUAAAUGGACAUUUUCGAUAUAUAUGGACGGAAUUAAUCGAACAAAAGGACCAAUUGUGAUGUUUAUGGGACAUAUUGGAGUGCCAACAAAAGAAGCUUGUCAAAUGUAAUGCAUAUUUUAUAUUUUAUUUCAGCGUUUUGUGUAGUGCCUGCUACGCUAGCUCCUUUGUUUACUGCUGGUGCAGAUGGGUGCAGGCUAUCAGAUAAUAGCUUCUUAUGCUUUCACCGAAAAGCAUUUUUAAAAUCUGACAUGUUGGCUGGAUUCACAACGAGUGUAGCUUUAAUUGAGUAUCUUACAUGUGUGAUUUAAUGAAAGUUUGAAUUUUAUAGCAUUUUAUUUGAAUCUGGCGCUCUGCAUUUCCCCUGGCAAUUGGCCAGUUGAGACGCUAGCGUCUCCCCUAUCCAUAAGAGGUUUUAACAGAUUGUGACCCCAGCUUGGAGAAAAGGUGCAGUGAGGUUCCCAGGUCUCGCCUUACUUUCGUCCUUCCAAACCAAAUAAUUUGCCUGGAUGUCGAAGCACUUGGUCCCCUUCUUGAUUCUGCUCCGGUAGCUCUCCUUCUGUUUCUCCUGCGCCUUGUCGAUGUUUAGUCUCACUUUAAUUGAUUAUAGGAAUAAAUGCAAUUACAUUUCAUAUAUUUCAGAAAAUAAAUUAACGGAAGACAAUCAUUUUUACCUGGUCAAAAACCGCCACAUCCUUCUCCUUCCGUGCCUUGAAGGUAGUUCUCGAAGUGUUCUGAUCUGGUUCGACAAUUUCUAUAUAUGUAUCUGAAAGUACGUUAUACAAAAACAGCAAUAGACAAACAACAUAACUAAGUCAAUCACACAUUUGAAAGACUACAGUACAUGCAAUAAUUGUAUACACAAUUGCAUUAUUUACCUCAGUCAACAGCUGCGGCUCCCGUCCGUACAAGGUGGAGGCCUGGAUGCUGCUGUUAUGUGCAAAGAGAAUUACCUUCAGGUUGUUCUCCCACCGUUCCUGGUUCCAAUUAAGGGAUAUGCCCAUGGCAGUCUUGAGGGUUUGAUUGGCCCAUUUCACCAACCCCCGAGUAGGGGGUAGGAAAACGAUAUCUAUUGAAAAUGUAAGAUAUUGAAAAAUGUCUGAUUAUGUACCAUGGAAAAACAAAUUGUAAAAAAUAAAUAAAACAAACCAUUGAUGACAGAAUAUGACCUAGAACAUCCGUACCUUGUUCAUGACCCCGGUCACUCAAGAUGACCUCAGGAGAACAGUGGGUGUUGAAGAUCAUCGUCGCCUUGGAGGUAGCCUCGCCAGUCUCGUCCAUAAUGAUUAUCAUACAAAACGAAAAUCGAGUUUUGGUUCCAAGCACCCUUUUUAAUGGGUUACGGAAGGGAAUUUUGAGUUAAGCACGUACUCUUCCUUUACUGACCAUAAUGGGUAUUGCCUCCACCCACUUGGUAAAGUGAUCGAUCAACGUCAGACCCCAGCUGUUGCCAUUCUUGGAUUUUGUGAAGGGUCCGAUGAGGUCCACCUCUAACAUUUAAAGUGUAAAAGAGAAGAUUGUUUUAUUCUUACCUGUAUAUAUGUCAUACAGUGUGCAGAUUUAUACUGACACACACAUUAUACUGACACACAUUCUAUAAUAUUGAACUCUGCUGUGGUCAAAUAAAGUAACCAUUACAAAACAACUUACCAGGGAAAGAUUUGAAUUGGGACACUUACAGAUCAUGUGCCGUGGUGAAACAGCUUUGAUGGGCUUCAACUCCAGUGCCACAGUCUUUGCCCUCCCAAACUUCUGGCAGGCUAGACAGGGUACUGACCUUUAAGCACAAAGUGACAUAUUUAAACAUUGUGUGCUCUCUGAUAUGACAUUCAUUCAAAUCAUAACAAUUUCAGAUGUAAUAGAAUGUGAUCCCCAUCAGAAGAAGCGUAGGUUGAUCAUGCAUCCUGUUGAUCGUGUCUGGCUCUCCACCAGAAACCUCCCGCUCCGCCUGCCCUGUAAGAACCUGAGUCCCCAGUUUGUCCUCUGGAAGGUCAACGAGGUAAUUUACAGAUUACAACUCCCCACUAACUACCAGAUCUCACCAUCGUUUCAUGUUUUCCUCCACAGGCCGGUGGUUCCUGGUCCCCUGGCUGAUACCUAGUGGACUGGAAUGUGUACGGUCCAGAGGAGCAGUGUUGGUUUCGGUGGAAGACAUUCUAGAUCCCAACAUCAUUUGAGGGGAGGGGGGAAGGGUACUGCCACAUCUACUCCUGCUCCCCCGCUCCGGUGGUAGACGUUGUGCCGGUUUACCUGGAAACCCAUCUUUAUGCACACCUGGCAACCGUCAUUACGCACACCUGCGUCUCAUCAUCAGUCACACUUGGACUUCAUAACUCAUCCUUUAUAUAGUACCCUUCUGUUAGUAGUCGUCAGGUAGUAAUGUUUAUGUUUCCAUGUAAGACGCUUCAUGUUUUGUGUCGUUCCAUGUUCAUUAUUAUUAAACUCACCAACUGCACUUGU